AUGGAGCAACGCCCGAUCAAGAUCUUCCCCCGCAGGAAGCAAGGUCAGCCCUCCCGAGGCCCCGACGUCUACCUCACCCACGACCGCCUCGCCUCCUUCUUCCACAUGCGCCAGAAAGACGCUGCCGAGAAGCUGGGGAUCUCGCUGUCGGCGAUGAGGAGCGCCUGCCGGCGUCUGGGGAUCGAGCGAUGGCCAUACAGCAAGAGCGAGCGGGAGGAAGAGGAAGGAGGCAGCAAGGAUGGCGACGAAGAAGACCAAGAGGAGGGAGAGAUCCCUGGAUCAGAGCCUGACAGGAUGCCUGUAGAGCAAGUCGCUGAUGCUAUGGCAACUUCGAGUGAGGGUUCUCCUGUCAUGGAGGACGCAACAACUGCAGCUGCUUCUGGAAGCUCCAGUGAUCCAAUCAUGUGGGGAGGCCAAGACGAGGUUCCUACGCCUGAGGUGCUGCCCCGGCCGCCGUCGGAAGCCUUCAUGAAAUGGUAUGCGAGCGUUCCUAACGAGUCUGAGGAUGUCUAG